GGAGCCUUUUGAAAGUUGAAUACUUGUUGUUGUUGCUUCCAGUGACACCCGCUGCUAGUAUUUUAACCCACAACACCCACCACCACCCCACCUCUCUGCUCUCUCUCUCUCUCUUUGUCACCGAAAGAAGAAGAAGGAAGAAGAAGAAUCAAAGAGGAAAUUAUUAAAAAUUGAGAAAAAGUUCAGAGGUUUUCAAGUUCAAAAUCUCCAUCUCUACCACAAACAAGUCUGUCUUUGCAACUAUAGAAUUUGUUCUCCAGAUCUGCCCUGAAGUUUCCAAUUUCUCUUCGUUGUUGUUGUAAUUUGUCUUUGUAAAAGUGCCAUUUCUUCAGGCAAAAUAAUUUGGGUAUGCUAGUGCUAUGAACCUCCAAGUUGCAUGAUUGCUGCAGAUACUGCUGUUUUUGAUGCAUGAGUUCGCUUUCAGUUCCGGUUGCAGGUGAUUCCUAACUCAGGAAUAUUUAGUGCAAGGUUAAAACAGGGGAUGUUGGGAAGUUAAGUCUGGGAACCAGCUGCAACCAGAGAAGAGAAGACUAUAUAAUUUGAAAUGGAUCGUCGUGGUUGGCCUUGGAAGAAAAAAUCAUCAGACAAGACUGAAAAAACAGCAAUUGUUUCAGAUUCUGCUGGUGCUUCAGUUGGAUCUCAAGUGGAGCAGGAUAAUCCAAAGAAAGUAAACUAUGUUCAACUUUCUGUGGAGUCAUAUACUCAUCUGACUGGAUUGGAGGAUCAAAUUAAGAUGAUGGAAGAUCAAGCUAAGGUGAUGGAGGAUCAAAUUAAGGUAUUGAAUGAGAAGCUGUCAUCAGCCCAAUCAGAGAUGACUACCAAGGACAAUCUGGUCAAGCAGCAUGCCAAAGUUGCUGAAGAAGCUGUCUCAGGCUGGGAAAAGGCUGAAGCUGAAGCUUUGGCUUUAAAACAUCAACUUGAGUCUGUUACACUUCUCAAGCUUACUGCUGAAGAUAAAGCAACCCAUCUGGAUGGUGCUCUAAAAGAGUGCAUGAGGCAGAUAAGAAAUUUGAAGGAAGAACAUGAGCAGAAAUUACAUGAGGUUGUUCUUACCAAAACAAAGCUAUGGGACAAGAUCAAACAUGACCUUGAAACAAAGAUCUCUGAUUUAGAGCAAGAACUCCUUAGGUCCUCUGCUGAGAAUGCUGCAAUUUCAAGGUCACUGCAGGAGCGUUCCAACAUGCUAAUGAAGAUCAGUGAGGAAAAGUCUCAAGCAGAGGCUGAGAUCGAACUUUUAAAUGCCAACAUACAGUCAUGUGAAAAAGAGAUAAGUUCUCUUAAGUAUGAGCUCCAUAUAGUUUCCAAGGAGCUCGAAAUCCGGAAUGAAGAAAAGAACAUGAGUGUAAGAUCUGCAGAGGUAGCUAACAAGCAACAUUUAGAGGGUGUCAAGAAAAUUGCCAAGCUAGAAGCAGAGUGUCAAAGAUUACGUGGCCUUGUUCGAAAGAAGUUGCCUGGGCCUGCUGCAUUGGCCCAGAUGAAGAUGGAAGUGGAGAAUUUAGGUCGAGACCAUGGUGAAACUAGAUUACGGAGAUCUCCCGCAAAGAGUCCUAGUCAGCUGUCUGAAUUUUCCCUUGACAAUGUUCAUCAAUCCCAUAAGGAGACUGAGUUUCUUACAGCACGUUUGCUGGCAAUGGAGGAAGAGACAAAGAUGCUGAAAGAAGCUUUGGCCAAGCGUAACAGUGAACUGCAAGAUUCAAGAAACAUGUAUGCUAAAACAGCUAGCCGGCUUCGAAGCUUAGAAGUGCAGAUGCAGAUGGCAUACCAACCAAAAUCUAAUGCUGAGAUGCCUACUGAACGCUCCUCAAGUCAAAAUGCAAGCACUCCUCCUAGUUUGACUUCCAUGUCUGAAGAUGGACUCGAUGAGGAUGCAAGUUGUGCUGAGUCUUGGGCUACGGCAUUGAUCUCGGAACUCUCUCAUUUCAAGAAAGAAAGGAAUAUUGACAAAACUAACAAGGCCGAAAAUACUAACCACUUGGAGCUUAUGGAUGACUUUCUGGAGAUGGAGAGAUUAGCAUGUUUAUCCACUGAAUCCAAUGGGAGCAUAUCUGUUUCAAAUGGUUUAACCGAUAAGAUAGCUGAAAAUACAGAGGUUAAUGCUUUAGUUGAUAGUGUUAAAGGUGGGGAUAUCACUGCAGAACAACAUACUGGUUUUGAUCCAUCAGGAGAUCAGGUUUCUUCUAAUGUGGAAUUGUCAGCCCCAGAAGUUGAGCCUACUGCUACUCAAGUACCAUUUUCACAACUCCAAUCAAGAAUUUUAAUGAUACUUGAGUCUCAAGAUAAGGAUGCAAAUGUUGAGAAGAUUUUAGAGGGUAUCAAGCAUGUUGUGCAAGAUAUACAAGAUACACUCUCUCAGCAAUCUCUAAGUAGUACUUUGCCGGAAUCUCUUUCUGCAGAUUCUAUUUGCAACAAGGAGGUAUCGCCUCAAGAUAUUGGGGAAAGCAUGGAGAGUGAGAUUUCUUUAACUGAAGAGAAAGAACCAGGCCAAGAUAAUGAGAAUGCCAUAGACCAAGAAUUGGUAAUUGCUGUUUCUCACAUUCAUGAUUUUGUAACAUCACUGGGAAAAGAGGCUAUGGGCUUGCAGGACCCAUCUCCUGAUGGACAAGGGUUAUGCCAAAAAAUUGAGGAGUUCUCUUCCUCUGUCAACAAAGUCCUAUGCAAUAAAAUGAGUUUGGUGAACUUUGUUCUCCAUCUUUCUCAUGUUUUGGCCAAGGCUAGUGAACUUAGCUUUAAUGUCCUGGGUUAUAAAGGAAAUGAAGGGGAAAACAACAGCUCUGAUUGCAUAGACAAGGUAACUUUAUUAGAAAACAAGGUAAUUCAAGAUGACACAGUAAAAGAGAGAAUUCUUAGUGGUUGCACUCACAUUCCUCAUUCUACUUCCGAUCCUGAGGUUCUUCAAGAAGAAAGUUUUGGUCCAGGCUUUGGAUUGAGUUCUACGUCAUGCAAAUUUUCUUUUGAGGAGUUGGAACAAUUGAAAUUAGAGAAUGACAAUAUGAGAAGGGAUCUUCAAAGGUGUACUGAAAAUCUGGAACAUACAAAGUUUCAGUUGCAGGAAACAGAACAACUCCUAGCUGAACUUAAAUCACAAUUGGCAUCUUCACAGAAAAUGAACAGCUUGGCAGAUACUCAGUUGAAAUGUAUGGCUGAAUCUUACAAGUCACUGGAAACUCGUGCAGGGGACUUGGAAGCCGAAGUCAUUUUUCUGCGUGCAAAAGCAGAAAAUUUAGAUAAUGAGCUUCAACAGGAAAAGAGGAAUCAUCAAGAUGCUUUGGUCAAAUGCAAGGAUCUUGAAGAACAAUUACAAAGGAAUGACAACUGCUCGAAGUGUUCUUCAACCUCUGCUGUUGAUAUUGACCUCAAGACAAAACAGGAGAGAGAGAUAGCAGCUGCAGCAGAGAAGCUAGCAGAGUGUCAGGAGACUAUAUUUCUUCUAGGCAGGCAGUUGAAAGCUUUGAGACCUCCAGUGGAGUUUGCAGGUUCUCCAUACAAUGAGAUGCAUCAAAUGGAUGAAGGUUUCAUGGAAGAUGAACCGCGUUCAAGUUUCUCGAACCCACAAGGCAUGGGAAUUUCGCAAGACUUGGAUCAAGCUGAGAUGGGAACUUCUGUUUCUAACAUGAACAGAAUGGGUGGAGAGUCUCCCUCAGAAACAUAUAACUCAAUACUUGGUUCAUCUGACACUGAAGUUAACCUGCUCUUGAGAUCACCAGUAAACUCCAAGCAUCCAAAACACAGCCACAACAGCUCAGUCUCCUCUUCUUCCUCAUCAACCCCUACCCCAGAGAAACAUUCACGUGGAUUCAGCAGGUUCUUUUCUUCAAAACAAAAGAACACCCAUUAGUUGAAUGUCAGCUUUUCUCAUGGAAAAUACAGCUAUGCACUUUUCUGGCUGGGGAUUUGGACUGCCUCCAAGGAGCCCAAAUUCAAAAUUGUCAGAAAAAGGGAACUGAUGUUUCAACCUGGUCCGGUCUGAGUUUUGGUCCCUUACAAGCAGAUACACAGAACUGGACAAGCGGGCAAAAGGUAGUCAAAUUUUGCUAGAGCGUAAGAUGCCAUUAGACACGACGGUUCCAAUAUUCCAGUGAUCUUUUGGAUGCUUGUUAAGUUUCACGUUGAACGAUCAUAAAAAUGAAAUAGAUACCAUUGGAUGAUAAAUCAGCUAUGAUGUAGUUAUAUUUAUUUGAGCGAUGUAAAGAUUACUUGCGUGUAAAGCUUUCCAAUAACUUUUCCUGUACUAAUCCUUUACAGUAUUAAAGUCAGGUUUUAAGACCCUAUAAUCA